AAUAAUUUUCUUUCUUGGAAUAAUGCAAAAUUAUAUUUGGCCUACUGUAUUGCAACCUUAAAUAAUGGAAUGUGAGAAAACAAAAGAACUGUAUGUCUAAUUUAUAUGGUUGAUUUUGAGAUUCGAAAUGUCCAGGUAAUCAUUUCUGUAAUAUUUUCUCUGUGGACGCAAUAUGAAAAAAAUAACACUUCAAUACAGAAAUAUCAUUUCCUACUCUUGAUUCUUUCAAAUAUUUCUUAGUUUUAAAAUGCAAUUUUAAAUACUAAGUACAUGUACAUGUUAAGUGUAAUUUUUUUUACAAACCGAUUUUUAUAGCUACAAGUAAGUUUACGUUUCGUUAUUAAGUAAUCAUUAAGAAAGUCAAAUUCAUGUCUUAUCUAUCUUACUCUGGAUAAUUAGAUAAAUGUGCAAUGGACAUAUAGAUUGUCUGAGAAGGAGUUGAAAGAAGUCACAAGUUCUAUGAAAUCAUGUGGAAUAUAGCUAGAGUUUAUUUGCCUUUUCUAUUUUGUUUCCCUUUCAUUCUUUGUCAGCAUGAAAGUGUCCAUGUGCAUUCAAAUGCAGGAAAUAUAAUUGGAUUCGCAAACACCUCAUCGUUUAAAUCUAUAAUGUAUAAUGUUAAUAAUUUUCUCGGAAUUCCAUAUGCUGAGCCACCAUUAGGAAUCCUUAGAUUUGCAAAACCGGUCAAGAAAGCGCGUUUUACUCAGGCAUUCUCUGCAAUACAGUACGGUCCAGCUUGUCCCCAAAAGGCUGAGUUUUCCCAGCAGUGGAUUCCAGGCAAGCCCAUGAUUUCAGAGGACUGCUUGACAUUGAAUAUUUUUGCUCCAGCGCAUGCGCAUAAUUUAGCAGUUAUGGUGUGGUUUCAUGGAGGGGCAUUUGUCAUUGGACAGUCAAGUAUAUAUGAUGCUAGCACUCUUUCCGGAUUUGGUAACGUUGUAGUUGUCACAGUUAACUACAGACUUGGACCAAUAGGAUUUUUAGCCACCGAUGAUGACACAUCUAAAGGAAAUUAUGGGCUCUGGGAUCAGCACAUGGCUCUUCAGUGGGUCCAUGAUAAUAUUGCAUCUUUUGGUGGUGAUCCUAAUCUUGUGACAGUAUUUGGAGAAUCUGCAGGUGGUGCUAGUUCUUUUUUCCAUGCCACUUAUCCACCAAAUAAAGGACUGAUAAAAAGAAUAAUCUCAGAAAGUGGAACUGCAAUGUGUCCUUGGGCGUAUAGUGAAAAAGCCACAGUUGGUAGAUAUUCUAAAUUAUUAGGAAUGAAGUUAAACUGCUCAGUGACGACAAAUGUUGAGCUUGUGAACUGCCUUAGAACAAAACCGUUUGAAGAACUGAUUGCAAAUGCACAGGUUGGAACUAAAGAAGACGAACUAUACCGCCCCGAGUGGACCCCUGUUGUAGAUGGAGAAUUCGUUAAACAACUUCCACCAGAUACUUUUCUUUAUCCGGAAACAAUGUUUUCUGAGGGAAGAGCUACUCUUGCAGAUCUUGACCUUUUGAUAGGAAUUAAUGAUGGAGACGGUGGAUUUAUAACCAUGGUGUCACUUCUUCCACUAGUGCAAAGUAAAAUCACUCCAAAUUCCACAGGUCUUGACAUUAUUGACAACUAUGUUACAAAUUCUAUUCUUACAGAUCGUUUUGGUGCUACAGUUGAUUUGCUUGCCUACACAAUGUCAUUUGUAUACACUAGAUGGUCAGAGACCCAAACCAAUAAUACUUAUUUGCAAAAGAUGCUUGAUAUGUCCUCUGAUUAUCAAUUCUUCAUGCCAGCCAAAAUUUCUGCGCGUGCGCAUGCAAAAACACAAUCGUCAGGACGAAACACAUACAUGUAUCUUUUUACACAUCGUUCGUCCUAUGCACACACGAUUCCGUGGGCCCCGGGAGCGGGACACGGAGACGAGCUAGCUUACGUUUUUGGUUUUCCAUCUAGUAUGCAACAGGGACUUAAUUUUAAAGACACUCUUCAAUUAGAUGAAGUUUCACUUUCUGAGAAAAUCAUGACUUACUGGACUAAUUUUGCUAAAACGGGGAAUCCUAACAAACCUAGAGCUGUCCCACUGAUAUGGCCAAAAUUUGAUUUAAACUCAGAAUACUACAUGGAUCUCAAUACUGGACUCUCAAUAAAAUCUAAAAUGGACGCAACUCGUACAGGAUUUUGGACAAAAUUUGUUCCAAAGGCCCUCAAGGGCGUACACAAUUUUCACAAAUCGGACUCUAGUUCUCCACCAAAUACAAAUACCUUCGUUCCCAGCUCUGUACUCGGUUAAUUGUUUGAAUUUGUGUUUAAUUUCUUUGUUAAUUGUGCCAUAACAUGUAUCAAAGUUGAUGAAGAUAUUAUCUAGGAAAUAAAUCAUAUAAUAAUGAAAAAAUAAGAUUCUUCUUCUUUUGAAAAUUGUCUUAGGAUUUA